AUGACAAAAUUAAUUAAGCCAACUAUUUCUAAAUUAAUGAUACCAAUGAAAUCAUUUCAUGGAGUACUUAUCCCAGGUUCUUCACAAUUAGCCGGGGCAAGUGUUGUGGCUCAAGGUGGAACAUUAGCGAAUCCAUUCAAAUUAACUAAAGAUGAACUUAAUAAAAUGGAUACCCCACAAGCUCAAAAUUUACCACGAAUCAUAACAAGGGAGGAAAUGAUAAAAAUGAUGCAAGAACGAAUUAAAAACAACAAACCACGAAAACCGAGAAGAUACGGUUAUGCAGUAAUGAUGGAAAGAAGAACCCAGAAGGGUUCGGCGUCUCGAAGAGACGUUGUCGAAGAGGAAUAA